AUGACUUGCCCAUUUACAAACCCAAGGAGCAUGUUCCAAGACUUUGCGUCAGCCAGGCAGAAGAAUGGACUUGAGUACAGUGACCCUCACAAAGCUUUUGUUGUAUCGAGAUACGAUGAUAUCGUCGAAAUCCUGGAUCAACCUGAUGUGUUUGCAUCGCGAGCUGCGGUGCCCGAUAUGCCACCGGACCUCGCACAGAUUUUUGAGGGAAAAGUGCCAGAGCGUGGUACACUGUUAGGAUGGGAUAACCCGGAUCACGAUCGCUUGAGAAAGAGUAUUAGCUCUUUUUUUGUGCCGCGGCGACUCAAGAGAUUUGAGCCAGUGAUUCGAAAAGCUGCUCAUGAAUUGAUUGACGGCUUCAUUGACAAGGGCGAGGUAGACAUCAAAGCUGCCUUUGCCCUGCCACUACCAUUGAAGAUGAUUGUGAUCUUGUCUGGCAUGGAACCAGAUCGCUGGGAGUGGGUAGGCUAUUGUCUUGCUCUCUUCAACGGUCUGAGCAUGGCACCAGAUCAAUCGGUGGAAGAGCAAAUCCAGAAUGUUCUUAUUAUCCAUGACUAUGUCGCGGAUCUCAUACAAAAGAGAAAAGUUGACCGUCGCGAUGAUCUUAUUAGUCAUAUCUGGAACGAGCGCGAUAACGGACUACAAAUGACUGAUUUCGAACACCUGUCCAUGAUCCCAGGGUUAGUGUUUGCUGGACACGAGACCACGACGCAGGUUUUGUCAAUGGGGAUGGCUCAUAUUCUCCAUAACAACUUGUGGGAUCAGAUAUCAAAAGAUGAUGAUACCAGGGCUCAGGCCAUUGAAGAACUUUUGAGAUACGAGUCUGCGAUCACAGGCAUGAGACGUAACGUGACCCGCGACGUCGAAGUUGGGGGUCAGUUAUUGAGGAAGGGAGACGUGUUGUUUGUCGCCCACAAUUCAGGCAGUCGGGAUGCCAGUCGGUUUGAGAAUGCAGAUAUUCUGGAUCCAGCUCGCAAGACCACCACUCAGCAUCUCGGGUUUGGACGUGGUAUCCACGCCUGCGUUGGUGCACCCCUGGCUCGUUUGGUGCUUCGAACCGAACUGUCAGUUCUUCGAGAACGUCUCCCCAAUCUGCGUCUGGUGACUCCGUAUGAUCGGAUUCAUUAUGAGCCUGUCGGUAUUACCAGAGGCGUCAGUGAGGUACGACUUGCGUGGGAUGUCCCACACGAAAAGUUCGGAAUUCCAAGCGCUCUUGCUGCUGUAGAUUCAAUCGAGCUUUCAAGUCCACAGGACAACAGCAUUACUGUGGUUGUCAAGGAGGCAACAUUAGUAGCUGACAGCAUUCUCAAGAUUACUGUUCGGAAGAAGUUUGGACUCCUACCAACAUGGACACCAGGAUCUCAUAUCGAUCUCAAAAUUGGUACGUUUGGGUAUCGACAAUAUUCCCUUUGUUCUGAUCCUAAAGACCACGAUUGUUGGUCGAUUGCAGUCCUCAAAGAGAAGGACAGUCAGAGCACCAAGUUUAUACAUGAAAAUGUUCAUGAAGGGAAAGAACUACUGCUCCGAGGUCCACGAAAUCAUUUUGCUUUGGAGCCGGCGGAUCGUUAUGUCUUUAUUGCAGGAGGAAUCGGUAUUACUCCUCUCAAGCCAAUGCUAGCAACGGCCAAGUCUACUGGGAAGCCUUAUCAACUAAUCUACCUGGGUCAAAGGCGCAAACACAUGGCAUUCGUGGAUGAGUUGAGCACUCAACAUCCCACAACGAUCAUCUGGACCAAGGAUGAACAAAAGAAGAGGUUUGAUCUCGCUUCGGCAUUGGAUAGCGUUGCCGAGGGCUCUUUGGUGUAUUGCUGCGGCCCAGAAAGUCUGAUUUCUGAUGUUGAAGAAAUAUGCUCUUCGCUCCCCAAGAAUGUUCUCAGGACAGAAAGAUUUGGAAAUCCUAACAACCUGGAUACAGCAGAGAAUGCUGAAUUCAUGGUCACCCUAGCUCGCAGUGGUCGAACGCUCGUGGUUCCUAAAGAGCGAACCCUGUUAGAGGUACUCAAUGAGAAUGGAGCAGGUAUUCUAUCCACGUGUACCAAGGGGGUAUGUGGUACAUGUGAGGUAAAGGUUUUGAGUGGUGUGCCUGAUCAUCGUGAUUCAGUUUUGACAGAGGAUGAGAAACGGAUGAACGAUACAUUGAUGACCUGUGUGUCACGUUGUGUAGGGAAGCAACUUUCUCUUGAUAUCUGGUGA